CUCAACUUAGCUAGCUAGAAGACAUAGUAUCGUAAUAUAUACCUAACACACAUAACAAUAACUUAGCAACAUUUUUUCCUUCUUUCUUUCUUUCUUUCUAUACUUUUUGUUGUUAAUUCUAAGUUAUAAGAGAAGAAAAAUGGAGGGUGGAAGAUCAUCAGUUUCAAAUGGGAAUGUUGAGGUUCGUUAUAGAGGGAUUAGAAGAAGGCCAUGGGGAAAGUUUGCAGCAGAGAUUCGUGACCCUACAAGGAAAGGAACAAGGAUAUGGCUUGGAACAUUUGACACUGCUGAACAAGCUGCACGAGCUUAUGAUGCUGCUGCUUUUCAUUUUCGUGGCCACAGAGCAAUUCUCAACUUCCCAAAUGAGUAUCAAUCUCAUAAUCCAAACUCUUCUUUGCCUAUGCCUCUAGCUGUGUCAGCUCCUCCUUCUUAUUCUUCUUCUUCUUCCACUUCUAAUUAUUCCGGUGAUGAUAAUAAUAACCACCUUGUGAGACCUGCUUUUUCUGGAGAAAUAAUGCAAGGUGGUGAUCAUGAUGAUGAUACUUUUGAGUUGGAGUACUUCGAUAAUAAGUUGCUCGAGGAACUCCUUCAGAUGCAAGAUAACAGACACUUCUAAAAGUAAAAUAUAACACAAGCCAGCUAUGUUGUGUUAGUCACUGGCAUGAAAUAAAAUGCAAAAAAAUGUUAUUGAUUUUAUUUAAUAUAUUUUGUUUGAUUUUUUUUUUUUUUGUAGCUGAUCAAAGUUCUUCGAAAUGAGAUUGGACAUUUGUUGUUAUUGUAAGGAUUCAGUUAUGAGAAUAAUAAGCGACAUGCAAAUUUAAUAU